CUAUUGUUUUCCUAUUUUUAACUUUUUAUUUCUUUAUUUUCACAGUAGCAAGCAGACGGAAUUCAUCGGGUGAUUGAUAGCAGCGAGCGAAGAAGAGGAAUUUCCAGUUUACAAUCGAAUGGCGGAAGAAUCAGAGAAGCGAUUUCAUGCCGUCAUGGAUAAACUCUUUCUUCCUUCUCCUCCCAAUUCCAAACCCCCUUCAUCAUCAUCUAGGAAACGCCCGUAUACUAUGACUACAAAGCUGGAUUUAGUUGAUUUGAAGUCUAAAAGAAGUAUGGCUGAGGAGUUGAAAAUUGCUUCUGGUAGGGCUGUGGAUCCGCCGGUUUGCAGACCGUGGGAUAGAGAGGACUUGCUUAAACGGCUUGCUACGUUUAAGUCCAUGACGUGGUUUGCUAAACCUGAGGUAGUCAGUGCAGUAAAUUGUGCCAGGAGAGGUUGGAUCAAUGUAGAUACGGACACCAUUGCUUGUGAAUCAUGUGGAGCCCGCCUCUUCUUUUCUACUCCAUCGUCUUGGGCACAAGAACAAGUUGAGAAAGCAGCCUCGGUUUUCAGCUUAAAGCUGAAUAGCGGACACAAGUUACUCUGCCCGUGGGUUGACAACGCAUGCGAUGAAAAACUAGCACAGUUCCCCCCUGCGUCCCCUGUGGACUUGGUUGAUAACUACAAAAACCGAUGUGCUUCUUUAUUGCAACUUUCGGAACUCCCUGUGAUCUCAUCGUCAGUCGUUGAUUACAUGAGCACCCCUGUGCUGGAACAUUUCCUAAAAUGCCCUCCAACUCUCGAUGAAUCUGAACAAGUUUCUCCCAUCUUGUACUAUCAGGCGCAAAAGCUUAUAAGUUUAUGUGGUUGGGAGCCUAGGUUACUACCUUACAUAGUCGAUUGUAACGAUGCACCAAACGCUGGUAUUACAGUAUAUUCUUCUAGAACAUCUGAGAAUGUGGAGGAAAACGAAGGUUUUGUUAACGACAGUGAGAAAUACGAUCAUACGUCUGUGAUUCUAGAAUGUAGGUUUUGUGGGGCCAGGGUCGGUCUGUGGGCUUUUAAGAUGACUCAACGGCCCACAGAGUUUGUUAGACUUAUUGGACAUGCGGAACCAAGUGAUCAUCAUGUUCUGGAAACUUCUCGUGUUGAAAAGGGAGAACAAACAGCAAGUAGCGGUAAUGGUAAUAGUAGUGUCACGUCAUCGAACAAAAAUGUUUUGAGUUUGACAAUUGCAGGUGGGCCACCACCCGCCGAGCAGAAUUUCCGGCCGACAAUUUCUUUCCCUGUUGUUGGACAAAACCUGAGGACACGUUUUUCAUCUGCAUUUGGAGUGGUUAACGGUGGUCAACAUAGUUCUACAACUAAUCGAUUAGUUGAGGCAACUGGAGAUAGUGCUAUGAAAUCUGCAGUUUCUGAUCAACCGGAAAACGUUGACGGAAAAGAAAUCAAGUUUGAUCCAAUAAAGCAGCAUAGAUAUUUUUGUCCUUGGGUUUCGUCUAAUGGGAAGCUGACACCUGGAUGGAAACAAACGCUUUCUGCUCUAGAACGCCAGAAAGAGUUUGUUUAUUCGUCUGAAACAACCGAAGCUUCAUCUUCACUUAUUGAGGUGGAAGAUCCUGUCGGUUCUGUUAAAAAGCUUCUCACGCCCCCGUCAGCUAAAAGAAAGAAGAUCUUUCAUGGUUCGAGUUAAAGAAACGCCAUCAUCGGCACUAAACGCCAACUAUACAUGCGUGAUGAAGUAAUAUCUUUUUGUUGUUUGGUUAAAGCAAUAGUAAGCUUCCUUUUAGGGAUAAUCACAACUGUUUGUAUCAAGUUUUGAUUUCUUUUAUUGACUGCAAUUCCCAUGGUUAGGAUAAGCUAGAAACUAAAGAUUUAUAUUCUAGGUACUUCAAUGGACAAAAAGUCGGUCUUUUGCAGUAUUAAAACAUAUGAAAGGACUCGAAUUGAUGUACAACUAUCAUGAAUUUAUGAACUCUUUCCUGCGUAACUCAA